UAGAAGCAAGCUUGCAUCUGGCCCACCAUGACACCCACGGAGUUCAUGAGCCUCAUCUCUAACAUGUCUGAUGACUACACGUAUGACUCCAUGGAGGACUACAUGAACUUAAACUUCACAAACUUCUUCUGUAAGAAAAACAGUGUCAGGCAGUUUGCAAGCCACUUCCUCCCUCCCUUGUACUGGCUCGUGUUCCUCGUGGGCACUGUGGGCAACAGCCUGGUUGUCCUCGUCUACUGGUACUGCACGAGAGUGAAGACCAUGACGGACAUGUUCCUGCUGAACCUGGCCAUCGCCGACCUUCUCUUCCUCUUCACUCUUCCCUUCUGGGCCAUCGCUGCCGCCGACCAGUGGAAAUUCCAGACCUUCAUGUGCAAAGUGGUCAACAGCAUGUACAAGAUGAACUUCUACAGCUGCGUGCUACUGAUCAUGUGCAUCAGUGUGGACAGGUACAUCGCCAUUGCUCAGGCCACGAGAGCGCAGACCUGGCGGCAGAAGAGGCUUCUGUACAGCAAGGUGGUUUGCGUGACCGUCUGGGUGACGGCGGUCGCCCUCUGCACCCCAGAAAUCCUGUACAGCCAAACCAAGGAGGAAUCCAACAUUACCCUCUGCACUAUGGUGUACCCUCAUGACAAGAGUGCCAGAGUAAAGUCGGUGGUCUUGACCCUCAAGGUGAUCCUUGGGUUCUUCCUUCCCUUCGUGGUCAUGGCUUGCUGCUACACCCUCAUCAUUCACACUCUGAUCCAAGCCAAGAAGUCGUCCAAGCAUAAAGCCCUGAAGGUGACCGUCACUGUCCUCACUGUCUUCUUCGUGUCCCAGCUCCCCUACAACAGCAUCCUGCUGGUGCAGGCCGCCAACAUCCACACCAAGUUCAUCUGGGACUGCGCCAUAUCCAACCGCAUCGACGUCUGCCUCCAGGUCUGUCAGACCAUCGCCUUUUUCCACAGUUGCCUGAACCCUGUUCUCUACGUUUUUGUGGGGGAGAGAUUCCGCCGGGAUCUCAUGAAGACCCUGAAGAACCUGGGCUGCAUCAGCCAGGCGCAGUGGGUCUCCUUUACGAGAAGGGAGGGCAGCCUGAAGCUGUCCUCUGCGUUGCUAGAGACGACCUCGGGGCCUCUCUCCCUCUGAGGGAGCUUCUCUGUGAGGCGGCCCCUCCUUUUGGAAGUAAAACAAUCAAUACAGGUGUGGCUUCGCCACCAGUGGGACCAGAGGGACACCAAAGGAGAAAAAGGAAGCAAGAAAGAGAAAACUCUGAAAGGAAUGAGUUGGAAAAGUAUUCCUUUGAGUCAGAAUUUGCCGAGGCAGGGUUUUCAGAACUGACUGGCCAUCCCAGGAGACUUGAUGGGCUCCCGGCCACGGUGCCCACGGUUUUCAAAGGCAGACGGGCAGGCAGCAGGGCAGACCACCCCGGCCGCGCCAGCCCAUGGCGGCGUCUGAGUUUCUCCGUGCGUGGGAAUGGCUGUGGUUUCAGUCCCAAGCCCUCCCCUCCCAAAGGAAACACAGAAGCAGUGGCCACUGUAUAUAGUCCCCAAGAGCACAGGGUUUCCCGAAAACUCCCAGGUUUGGGGAGUUUCUGCCCUGGUUUUGAGGCCGAUACCUAUGCCAGGUCUUACAGAGUCUUAACCUAGAAUCUUCCAAACAACCUCAGAUCCGAUUCUGCUCUGGUCUCCUUGAUUUGAACAGGGACCCAGGGAGGGUCCUUGUUCCUCUUUAGAAACACUCUGUAGGACAGGCCAGCGAGUCCCUGGGCAACUGACCACAUCAGCAGGGCAUGUGCACUCGGCUGGCUUCCACCCCCUUUCCAAGUCCUGCCGAGGCUCCAUGGUGCUGUGCCAGCCCGCAGGCUCGGCGUGGGCGAGCAUUCCACUUGUCCACUCGAGCACCAGUGUUGUGGACGUGGUCUCCUGAACCUGUGUUUGCAGAAGCGGCCUGGCUGUGCUAUGGGCUCGCUUUGCUGAGUGGCCUGUGCGGAGAUCCA